AUGGAACCAGUCCAAGAAGGGGAGGAUACACAAUUUGCUGAAGUAUGUUACAUGAGCAAUGGGCAAGGAGGUUACAACAAAGGAUACUAUAAUUACAAGUCCAACCCAGCCAUGUCAUACCGAAACACUGAUGUUGCUAACCCUCAGGACCAGGUUAUCCUCAACAACAAGCAAGCUCGAUCGAGUCAAGCCCACAACAUGGGUAUGGUCAAAAACAACUACCAAGGCCCUCAAGGGACUUUUCCUGGGCAAGCUGAUGGUGUUGUGGACACAAGCAAGAAGCUAGCUGAAAUCAACUCCAAGAUUGAGAAUCUCAACACAAGAGUGUACUCUCUGGAGAAUCAUGCUUCUUCUGUUGCUGCUGCUACAAAGCAAGGACAACUACCUGGUAAAGCUAUUCAGAACCCCAAGGAACAGUGCAAGGUCAUCUUCACUCAAGAAGGUCUUGAUGAAGAAGAGGAUCAAGAGAGAGUCAUGGAAGAGUUUGUUUGCUGCUGA